UGUGCUGGAGAAAGGAGGGUAUUACUCCGAGGAAGACUUCGCAGGAUUCGGGGAGUUGGACUCUGAAAGGGCCCUUUGCGAGCGGUCGGGGUGGAUGGGCGCGCAAGAGUUGAGUGUCUCUAUAUUGGCCGGUUCCUGUGUCGGCGGCGGCACCACUCUGAAUUGGUGCGCUUCCUUUCGGACCCCCGAGCACGUGCGACGAGAGUGGGUGGACAAGCAUGGCCUGACAUGCUUUGGAGGCGCCGAGUACGACCAGGCUUUGGACGCGGUGGCCCGCCGCCUAAACCUGAACACUCGACACUCGCACCGGAACCCGGAGGUAGCUUCCGUGCCCUCCCUGGUCGUGAAUCAGAACAAUGAACGCCUCUGGCAAGGCGCGAAGGCGGUGGGUGCCAGGUGCCUUCCUGUCCCUCGCAACGUGCGAGGCUGCCAAGACUGCAGCGGGUGCGAGCGGGGCUGUCCCUACGGCGCGAAGCAGUCGACGCUCCGGACCUUUUUGGAGGACGCAGAAAAUACGGGCAAUUUUAAACUGGUGGCUCGCGCCCACGUCGACAAGGUGCUUAGAAAUGACGACAACGAUGCCGUCGGUGUCAUUGCUACGGUGCACGAGGAAAGGCGGUUGGCGGAGGGGAGAGAAAGUGACGGCGAGGGGAGGCCUCCCUCUGGCCAUCGCCCUGGCCCUUCGACCUCUUCGCGAUAUCAAUUGAUCGUAUGGGCUGAUCACGCCGUUAUCCUUUCAGCAGGGUCGCUCCACUCCCCCGCGGUGCUCCUGCGCUCUGGCUUGAAGCACCAUAAGAUUGGACGGCACCUUGCGUUGCACCCCGUAUCCGGUGUUGCCGGGCUUUUCCCCUCAGAGACCUCAGACACGCACUUAGGGGUGGGCAUGGGAACCUAUGUUUCGGAUUUCAUGGGGGGUGAGAUGAAGGAUGGGUGGGGAGGCG